AUGGCCUCAACAGCAAAAAAGUCAAGAAUAACGAAGCAUAAAAAACAGACCCGGCCUCUUGACUCAGUUGAGGAAGAACCCUCUAGAGUAAAAGAUCCUGGGGGUUACAGAUUUGGUAUUGAGCUUGAAUUUCUAAUGAGCGCCAAAGGUUCCGAUAACCAGCUUCAGACUGGUGAAUCUCUUCGGCAGCAUCUUGUGCAAAAAUGGAAUCAGAAAAUGAAAAAUGAAUUGGGAUUCAUUCCAAUGGAGUCUGGCUAUUCAACUCCAGGAUACGCAAAAUGGAGGUUGGUUAGUGAGUUUCCAUUAGAAAACUACAGCCAAGGCAAAUGGCCUCUGGAAAUCGUCUCGCCGAUUUUUUAUUACAGAGAUAUCGACAAUUGGCAGAAGUGCAUCUUCUUGGUGGUUGGAUUCUUUGUGAACCACGCAGAACUGGAAAUGAGUAAGGAAUGUGCAUUUCACAUCCACGUCUCUCCAGCUGAGGGCGAAUGGGACCUUGUUUGGCUCAAACGAAUUUCCAUGGCAAUUUGUGUUCUUGAAGAACGCUUGAAUGGUGUUCAUUCGAUUGACAAGCGGGUGCAAGAAAAGUUCUGCAGGAGCAACUUUCAAUCAAAUCCACUACUUCAAGAGCGGAGCCGUGAAAAGCUUGCUUCAUCCAUCUAUGAUUGCAAAACAGUCGAAGAACUAGUUGAUAUUAUCAACGCCAACCCCGGCGAGGACGGCCAGCGAAGCUACGCUUGGAAUUUCACGGGAAUAUCGACAGAUGAAAAACAUACACGCCGUCAAAAUAAUACGCUAGAGUAUCGAAUUCCCCGAGCCACGACUGAGAUGACUACCAUUAUUAAAUGGAUUGUAUUUGCCGUGACAUUUGUUCACGCUUCGGUUACCGGAGUAGAAUCUACAUACCAAGAUGCUGAGAACGAUCCAGAUGGGGUCGACGGUUUUUUGAUGGAAAAUCGCCCUCCUGGUGGUACUGACUCACUUUGCUGGGAAUGUUACAAGGCAGUUUGA